GGCACCGAGCAGUUCGCCUCCAUGCGCGAUCUCUACAUCAAAAACGGGCAGGGCUUCAUCCUCGUCUACAGCCUGGUCAACCAGCAGUCCUUCCAGGACAUCAAGCCAAUGAGGGACCAGAUUGUCCGGGUCAAGAGAUACGAGAAAGUUCCUCUGAUCCUAGUGGGGAAUAAAGUGGAUCUGGAGUCGGAGAGGGAGGUAUUAUCUGCAGAAGGCACAGCGCUG